AUGACAACUUCAAUAAUUACUUAAAUGUGGGGUUUCUUUUCGAAAAAGUUUUGAGAAAAUCAUUUAGUUGAUGUAAUCAAUUAAAAUGUCGCAACAACUAGAACUAUUAACAGAGGUUCCAUCGCAAUGGUUAAAUAUAUCAAAUAUAACACCUGACAUACAGAGGAAGGAAAUAAAACCAUUUGUUGUUUUGGCGCUUAAGGAGUUGGAAGGUAAUCCAGAUAGCAGAACUUCGAGCUUAAUGAGCGCGGAUAAGUUUGCGGCGGUGCGGGAGGUGGUGCGACAUGUGGCCUGGGCCCGGUCGGCCACUAAAGAGGCCUGGGAACGGGGGGAUAUGAAGGUGUUCUUAGAAAAUUUAAGAUUCUCUCCCGACUGUGUAGCGGAGCUGGCAACGCUAUUGUCUGCAGAGCAGCUCUACACCAACAUACCCACACACCUGCGGGUGAAGCCAGGCCUGGCCGGCUUGCAGUGGAAAAUUGACAUGUCUCUUAGCCAAGCCAACAUGGAAGACAGCACUCCAGAGCAUCAAAAACAAAUACUCCGCCGAGACACCCACAUCAUACUCAUACUCAAGCUGACAGACGGACAGACACUCACGUAUAGGUUAUCUAUAGCGAAAUUCCACGAGUUACGGUUCGUGGUCGCGAGCGCGCUGAAAAGCAUGAUCGUGCUAGAGAAACGUAAGUGCAUGAGAAAAGACUGACAUACGUAUUCAUGGGGGUAGCUUACUCCAUAAACAAAAGGUAGGGAUAUAUACUCUGGCAAGCCAGCAUUGUCAGUAGACGAAGACAAAAUUUGAAAAAUGUAUAGGGUGCGUAUGAGGGGUAAGACAAAAAUCGUCUGUAUGCCGAAGCAUUACGGGCGACUUUUCAUCUUACCCCGCAUGAAAAACCCGUUCAAUCUUAUCCCAACGCAGGGUGCGUUCGUUUAAUAUUUGAAUUUUUCUAAUCUCAAAAGUAGUUGUAAUUAACUUUUUCUUCUAAAAUGCUAGAGUUCCUAUGAUAUCUAAUAUUGCGGUACAAUAAUAUGUAAACGACACUAUAAUUCAGUGCACAGUUACUCGGAUUUAAGUGAUUUAACUUUGGAGGAAAUAAGUUAUCACUACUCUUGAGCUCGGUGGAGACGUGCCUCGCCCGAGGCAAUGCCACAGGGCGGACACGCUAUACAUCAAAAAUCACUUGCGUUUCUAUGUGUGAACGGCACGUCUGUACACGCGUCAUGCGUCAUAGUGUGAGUAAGUUGCUUAAAAAUAGUACUGAGCGGCCGGCAAACGGCCGUCAAUCUGGUGUCGCGGGGCGAGGUAAUUCGAGUCGGGGCGGGGCGAUGCGUGGCCGUUCUGUAUGAUAAUACUAUUACUUAUUCUGCGCGUUUACUUCGCCCGAAGCACGUCUACACAGACCGAGCUGCUUCGCGCGGCAAUUUCCUCGCGAGGCGGCUCGUUCCGUGUGUACCCGCCUAAUGAAUAUUUGAUCGUAACAUAGUUGUAUUUUUCUAGUAGAUAGGACUUGUUAUUAAAUCGAUUCAAUUUAUUAUGUAGUCUAUUUUUAUUAAUAAAAACUAACAUAA